UCUCUCUCUCUCAAUUGUCUUUGAUCGUAAUAAUUUCUCAAUCAAAAUCUCCCUUUCUCUUUCUCUAUAUCUCUAAAAAAGGUUUUUAGAAUUAAUUCUUUUAUUUAUAUAUAAAAUCUCUGAAUAAUAAUAUGCUUAUGAAUGGGUUCGUCUUCUUCCUCGCUUAACAAGUCUCCGAUUAGAGCUGAUAGUAUGGUAACCCCUGAAUCUCCCAUGACUAACACAAACGACAACGUUUCCAUCACGACUCCUCUUUCUCCCAAGAAAACAACUUUUGAAUCGCCGAGGAAGAGUACUUCAAUUCCGGCGGUUUCUCCGACGACGACGAUGAAUAAUAAUAAUAAUAAUCAAACUCCGGUCAAAUCUCGGUGGUCUUUUUCUUCAUCUAAGAAAAGCUUUGGAAGUAGAGAUGAAACCUUUUUCGAUUCGCAGCCAUGGCUACAAUCUGACUCUGACGAUGAUUUCCACAGCGUAAAUGGCGAUUUCACUCCAUCGCGUGGAAACACUCCUAAAGGAAGCUUCUCUGAUAGGCCACCACGUUUUGCAUUCCACGAGAAGAAGCCUUCCCGAGGCUCGUCUUCUUCAGCGCCACUUCCAAGGAGGAAGAAGCUUGGUGAGCUUUUCAGAGAUAGUAUAAGAGAAGAACGAGAGGAAAGCUCUGAAGGCGGCGGUUCAUCAUCAGCUAUUAGCACUCCUUAUCUCUCAGGUGCUAACUCUGGCGAAUUCAGCAACGGGUCCGUCGAGAAGGAAGAGAAGAAGAAGUCUAACUGGCAGCAUCAUCGUUGUCUUCCUGGUUUCUCUUCGUGUGGUGGAAGUUUCAUGGAGAGGAGAAAGAAGAUGAGCUCUGAAACUCCUCCGGUUGUUGCUUUGAAAUGAGAGAUCAUGUAGAGAAAUCCUGAAACUUGGGAAAUGUUUUGUAUAUGAAAGAAUGAUAAAGAGAGAGAUACAGAGCUCUCAGAGUUAAAAAGAAAAAAGCUCUGGUGAAGUUUACAGACUACUCUACUUUGCUAUGAUGAUAACUUGAUAAGAGAAUGAAUCAAUAGGUGGAAGAGAUUAUAUAAAAACAGAGAAGAAAAUGAGAUGCUUGUUUGGAUCUUGGCUUAUGAAAUUUUGUCAUUCUUGAA